AUGCAAGAUCGGAAGAAACGUUAUCAGAGUAUUCACGACUGUGUGGUGAGGGAUGAUAAGGUUUACGCAGUUGAUGGAACAGAUAGAACGUUCUACUACUCGCCGAGUGAAGGUAAAUGGGGAAUAGGGAAUCGUGGUGAAGUGUGUGGAAGUAGGAGGGAUUGGUGUGUGAUUGAUGAUUUGAUAUUUUCUUGUAGUAAAGAUGGGAAAAUAUUUUGGUGUGAGCAACAAGAGUUAGAUUGGCGUGAACCAGAGGGUAUGUAUUGGUGGAAAGAGGUCAAGGGUUUGAAGGGUCUCAAUGGGAAGCUCUCUCGUUCUAGACUUGUCCACUUUGGUGAGCAGCUUUUGAAUAUGUGGGAGGUAUGUAAUAUCAAGUUUGGUGGCAUCCGUGAGUUGGCAGAUUUGCUUCCUGGGGCUAGACUGAGUACCUCUGGUGGGAACAUUGUGCUCUUUUGGGACGAGGUCGUGGGGGAUAGUUUGCAGAUUUGGUUUGCAGAGAUUUCUUUGGAGAGAUGUCAAGAAGGCAAUAUUAGGGGCAACAUUGAGCGGUCUCAUGCUGUCUUAACCGUUGAUCCUUUCUUAGAUCGCUAUAAGGUUUUGUAUUCUGUUUCUGUCACUCUAUGA